AUGGAAUCUGCUGGCAGUGGGAACCAUGUCGUUAGGCGAUCGAAGACCGCCAAAACGUAUGGGAUGGCACGGCACACAACGGGUAUAAUUCUCCUUAUCUAUUCGCACCCAUUUUUCAUCACGUACAUCAACACAUCGUGCUUUGUGGUAUUUCUGCUAUAUGUGAUUGCACAGCGCGUUUUCCGCAUGUGGCGUAGAGGCAAGCUGUCACAAGUCAAGUCUGUUAGGUCGUUCUUUGUUUAUCUCGAUUUGCACGGAAUGAAGGAGCCGCCAUCGUAUGCGAGAGAGACGUCUUCGCUAAACGAUGAAGACGCUGAAGAGGAUGGUGAUUAUGAAGAGGCAAAUCUGCAGCAGCGCCGGAGAUUGUUAGACAGCUAUGGGAAUGACUCAGAGCUGACCGAAGCAGCAUCUUCGGCGGAAAAGUUGGGACUCAGGGAGACUGCGCGAUUGGCUGCUCAGUUCUGCAUGCUAUGGUUUCUGGCAAAUUACCUUGCAAUAGCAUGUCUGCAGUACACCACUGUUGGCAGCACGACUAUUUUGACCUCGACAAGCGGUGUCUGGACACUGAUUUUUGGGGUUUUGAUUCGUGUAGAGAGAUUCUCUCUGCGUAAAGCUCUGGGUGUAUUGGCUUCAUUAAUUGGGGUCAUUCUCAUUUCACGCGUGGAUUUGUCGACAUCCUCCAGCCCCGAUGGUCCCGUCAACGACGAUCCGUUUUCGAAUAAGUCACCAGCAGAAGUUGCUCUUGGCGACGCCAUGGCGGCACUGAGCGCUAUUGUGUAUGGGGUGUACACGAUAGUCAUGAAAAAGCAAGUUGGCAACGAGUCGCGUGUCAAUAUGCAGCUGUUUUUUGGACUGGUUGGUUUCUUCAACGUCUUUCUCCUAUGGCCUGGAUUUGUCAUCCUCCAUUUCUGGGGUGUCGAGAGGUUUUCUUUUCCCACUGAAAAUAGGAUCUGGGUCAUUAUUCUGAUAAAUUCAGUAUCCUCCCUAGUAUCAGAUAUAUGCUGGGCCUAUGCAAUGCUGCUCACGACACCAUUGGUUGUCACCGUCGGUCUGAGUUUGACUAUUCCUCUGUCACUUGUUGGGCAGAUCAUUCUUCAGGGCCAGUACGCCAGCGUUUUAUAUUGGAUUGGAGCGGCGAUUGUGUUUGCAUCGUUUCUUAUCGUAAAUCGCGAGAGCAAAGAGGACGAGGAGCAACAGGAAGAACAAGAAGUGGAGCAAGAAUAA